AUGCUUCAUCUAGAAAUCGAAGUAUAAUCUUUGCAGUUCUUUAUUGAAAAAUAAUCAGAAUAAUGCAAAAUAAUCAUUCUUGAUGGUAGAUUACAAAUCUUAUAUUUAGAAAAUGAAUCAAAAAUUUUGAUGUCUAAAAUAUUGAGUCAAUGUUCAAGUGUAUAAGAUAUUAAUGAAGUAGUUGAAUUUGAUUUUAAUUAUACUUAAAAUCGAUAUGUAAAUUUAAUAAAUCUUAUCUAGUUAAAAAUAAUGGUCUAAGAUUGUAAAAUAUGCUAUGGAGAAGCAAUUCUGAAUUUAGGUUUUUAUAUUGAAAAUAAUUUACCAUUGGUUAUUGAUAAAAUUCCUAUUCAUAAUAGAUAUGAUUAAGAAGCUUAUAUUUAAGUGGGAUUAGCAUGGAACUAAUUAAAUUAAACUGAAUAUAAAAGACUCGUAAACAAUAAAAGGUAAUAAAUAUUUGUCAAAAUUUUAGUAAAAUGAAUAUGGAUAUAAAAUAAAGUGAAGAAUGGCUUAAGUAAAAGAGAGAAUGUUAACAUUCCCCAAUAUAGUAAAGAGGGGAAAAUUUAAAUCAUAAUCGAGAAGAGACAUUAAAAAAAUAUUAAGAAUAACCAUGUAAUUUUGAAAAUCUCUUGAAAUAUUCAGAAAUAGAUAAAUUAAAUGAUGCUGAUAUAAAUGUUAAACGAGUAUAAACUGUUAGAGUUUAGAAAGUUUGUUUAUCAUAAUAAAAAUCUAAAGAAGAAAAAUUUGAUUUAGAUUGUCCAACAGUUUUAAGAGAGAAUAAAUUUGUUAUUCCAGGAAAGAAUAGGACUAAAAUUGUAUAGAAUUAAGAAGAAAUCUUAAGAGGAUCAACAAAACCUAAAGCUAAUCCUAAAAAAAUAGAAUAAUUUGAUAAUUUUAAUUCAAGACCAACUUAAAAUGAAUAAGCUUUAUUAUUAUCUUGUAGAUAAUUGGAGGUUGGAGAAUAGGAUGAUAAUUUUAUAUAAAUAUAGAAUCAGGCAUUAAAGAAUUAGAAUAAAUAAACAAAGUAAUAAAAUGAAAAGUUGUAAGAAUAGAUAAAAAAAUCAGAAGCUGCUUUUAAUUUAUUAUCAGAAACUUAUAUUGCACUUUAAUAAGAUUACAAAAGAAUUUAGAUUUAAAAUUUCAAUAAUAAUAUUAGCAAUUCUUUAUCUGAUAAGAAUAGUAAGGAAUUUUAAUAGAUUAAAAAGGAAUCUGAAAUACUUAAAAAAGAGAUUGAAAUACUUUUAAGAGAAAAUGAUAUUUUAAAAGAUGAGAAGGAUUAAUAAAAAAAAUAAUAUAUUUAUGAAAUAUCUAAAUUGAAUGAAGAAUUAAGUAAAUAUAAAAAUACUAUGUAUGAAUUAUAAAAUGAAAAAAAUUAACUUUAAAACUAUAUUUAAUCUUAAAAGGAUUCAUAAAUAAAUCAAUAUUGUUAUAUUUGUCUUCAAAAGGAUGAAUUAUAAGGAAAUAAAGAUAAAAUAUAGUAUAAAACAAAUAUUUGCCUAGAGAAUAUCUAAUAAAUAAAUGAUGAUAAAGGAAAGGCAAAGACUUCUAAAUAUUAAAUUGAUAAUUUAUUAAAGAAUGAAGGAAAGUAGAAGUAAUAUAAAAUUUACCUUUAGAUUAAACUAAUUAUCAGAAUAAGAAUUAUAAAAUUUGGUCUUUGAAUAUUCUAAUGAAUUAUAAAUAACUUUAAAAGAAAAUCAAUAAUUAAGUAUAGAUUUAAUAUAUUUUUAAGUAUUGAAUUCAAAAAAAGACUAAAUUAGAUUAGAGAGUUAUCAAAAAGAACUAGAAAUAACAAAAGUAAUAAUUAAUAAUAAUUAAAAUAGAGAAUUGUAAAACUUAGUGAUUAAAGAUGUAGUUCAUUAGAACAUUAAAUAAUGUAAUUAGAGAAGGCUGUUUUAAAUGGUAAAUAGAAUAUUGCUGAUAUGAUUAAUGCAGUAAUGGAAUGUGGUGGAUAAAAACUUUAUGAUCAAAUGGAAAGAUGUUUAGCAUUUAGAAGAAGUUUAAAAAUAGAUUGA